AUGUCAACUACGCUCUCAUCAUCCACUUACGGCAAGGACAACGUCAAGUUCCUCAAGGUCAAGAAGGAUCCGCAGAACCCAAAGAAGCAGGAGGUUAUGGAGGCCACCGUCACGUGUCUGCUUGAAGGUGGGUUCGACACCUCGUACACGGAGGCUGACAACUCGUCCAUCGUGCCAACAGACACCGUGAAGAACACCAUUCUCGUGUUGGCAAAGACCACGGAGAUUUGGCCAAUUGAGAGAUUUGCAGCCAAGCUGGCCACGCACUUUGUUGAGAAGUACUCGCACGUCUCUGGCGUCUCCGUCAAGAUUGUCCAGGACAGAUGGGUCAAGUACGCCGUUGAUGGCAAGCCACACGACCACUCUUUUAUCCACGAAGGUGGUGAGAAGAGAAUCACUGACCUGUACUACAAGAGAUCCGGUGAUUACAAGCUGUCGUCUGCCAUCAAGGACUUGACGGUGCUGAAGUCCACCGGCUCGAUGUUCUACGGCUACAACCAGUGUGACUUCACCACCUUGCAACCAACAACUGACAGAAUCUUGUCCACCGACGUCGAUGCCACCUGGGUUUGGGAUAACAAGAAGAUUGGCUCUGUCUACGACAUCGCCAAGGCUGCAGACAAGGGAAUCUUUGACAACGUUUACAACCAGGCUAGAGAGAUCACCUUGACCACCUUUGCUCUCGAGAACUCUCCAUCUGUGCAGGCCACGAUGUUCAACAUGGCUACUCAGAUCUUGGAAAAGGCAUGCUCUGUCUACUCGGUUUCAUACGCCUUGCCAAACAAGCACUACUUCCUCAUUGACUUGAAAUGGAAAGGUUUGGAGAACGACAACGAGUUGUUCUACCCAUCUCCACAUCCAAAUGGUUUGAUCAAGUGUACUGUUGUCCGUAAGGAGAAGACCAAGUUGUAA